AUGAUAUUCUCAAAGCUUGGUCGCUCCAUCUUUCAGUCCUCUCGUUCAAGGGGAUUGAUUUACGGUGGUGGUGUGAGAUCGGCUAGACUACUUGCUCCGCCGGCUCUUGAGACGGCGUCGGUGGUUAGUCAAGUGGAAAGUGGAUUAGGGUUUCUGAGGCGACACUUUGCUUCAUUAGCUGCUCGGAAGGGUCUUGUCAACAAUGAUUUGACGGGUGUUUUCGCUAAUCCGAGAAUUCGUCGAUUCUUCUCUGACGAAGCUCCCAAGAAGAAGAAUUAUGAGAACUACUUUCCUAAAGAUACAAAGCAAGCACCCAAGAGCGACCAGAAAUCCGACUCUAAAGAAGGUUCAGAGAAGAAUGAAAAUGAGAACUUGGGAGAUAUGUUUAUGAAUCGAUUCCAAAAUUUGCUAAUUCCUCUGCUAGCUCUUGCUGUGUUCUUUUCUUCUUUCUCGUUUGGCUCUGGAGACCAGCAACAGAUUAGUUUCCAAGAGUUCAAAAACAAACUUCUUGAGCCUGGUCUAGUUGACCACAUUGAUGUUUCAAACAAAUCAGUAGCAAAAGUCUAUGUGAGAAGCUCACCAAGAAGCCAACAAACAACUGAAGACGUUGUUGGCAAUGGUAAUGGAAUUCCUUCUAAAAAACGUGGUGGUCAGUAUAAGUACUACUUCAACAUUGGUAGUGUUGACUCUUUUGAGGAGAAACUCGAAGAAGCCCAAGAAGCAUUAGGUGUUGAUCCUCACGAAUAUGUUCCUGUCACCUAUGUCUCUGAAAUGCUCUGGUAUCAAGAGAUCAUGAGGUUUGCACCAACUUUAUUGCUCUUGGGUUCUCUCAUUUAUGGGGCGAGACGGAUGCAAGGCGGAUUGGGUGUUGGAGGAACCGGCGGGAAGAAUGGUCGUGGAAUUUUCAAUAUAGGCAAAGCCACAAUAACGAGAGCGGAUAAAAAUUCCAAAAAUAAGAUUUAUUUUAAGGAUGUUGCUGGAUGUGAGGAGGCUAAACAAGAAAUUAUGGAAUUUGUGCAUUUCCUGAAGAACCCAAAGAAGUAUGAAGAUUUGGGUGCUCAUAUUCCGAAAGGUGCACUUUUAGUCGGUCCGCCUGGAACAGGAAAGACCCUUUUAGCAAAAGCUACCGCAGGGGAAUCGGGUGUGCCGUUUCUGUCGAUAUCCGGUUCAGAUUUCAUGGAGAUGUUUGUUGGUGUUGGACCGUCAAGGGUGAGACAUUUGUUCCAAGAGGCUAGACAAGCAGCACCGAGCAUUAUAUUUAUUGAUGAGAUCGAUGCGAUUGGGCGGGCAAGAGGACGUGGAGGUUUAGGUGGUAAUGAUGAGCGUGAAAGCACUCUGAAUCAAUUGCUAGUUGAAAUGGAUGGUUUUGGUACAACUGCUGGAGUUGUGGUUCUUGCUGGGACCAACAGACCGGAUAUUCUAGAUAAAGCUUUGCUACGGCCUGGACGGUUUGACCGUCAGAUUACCAUUGAUAAACCUGAUAUAAAAGGCCGUGAUCAGAUUUUCCAGAUUUACUUGAAGAAGAUCAAACUCGAUCACGAGCCAUCAUAUUAUUCUCAGAGGCUUGCGGCUCUCACUCCCGGGUUUGCUGGAGCUGACAUUGCAAAUGUCUGUAAUGAAGCGGCUCUUAUUGCUGCUAGACAUGAAGGAGCAACGGUUACAAUGGCACACUUUGAAUCUGCAAUUGAUCGUGUUAUUGGUGGUCUUGAGAAGAAAAAUCGGGUGAUAAGCAAAUUGGAGCGUCGAACGGUUGCAUAUCAUGAAUCUGGGCAUGCUGUUGCUGGGUGGUUCCUGGAACACGCAGAGCCAUUGCUGAAGGUGACUAUUGUGCCACGCGGCACAGCGGCGCUCGGGUUUGCACAAUACGUUCCAAAUGAAAACCUUCUCAUGACCAAAGAACAACUCUUUGACAUGACUUGCAUGACCCUUGGUGGCCGUGCAGCUGAGCAGGUACUGAUAGGAAGAAUCUCGACUGGAGCACAGAAUGACCUGGAGAAGGUGACAAAGAUGACGUACGCCCAAGUAGCUGUGUACGGUUUCAGUGACAAGGUUGGGCUGCUCUCGUUUCCCCCAAGGGAUGAUGGCUACGACUUCUCUAAACCGUACAGCAAUAAAACCGGUGCAAUCAUAGACCAGGAGGUUAGGGAAUGGGUGAGCAAAGCUUAUGAGAAGACCGUUGAGCUAAUCGAGGAACACAAAGAGCAAGUGGCUCAGAUCGCCGAGCUUUUGCUGGAGAAAGAAGUUCUGCAUCAAGAUGAUCUUUUGAAAGUUUUGGGUGAACGUCCGUUUAAGUCGGGGGAGGUGACCAAUUACGACAGGUUCAAGUCCGGGUUUGAGGAGAGUGAGAAGGAGCCAACCACCACGACGGUUGACCCUGUGGUGGAUGAAGGAGCUCCUCCGCCGCUUGAACCGCAGGUGGUUCCGACGUAA